GACUUGGAAGCGGAGAAGCUCGGCUUUGCCGGUGAGAACUACAACGUGACGACAUCUGACGGCUACGUCCUUGGAGUGUUCCGAGUUCGCAGCAGAACGUGCGCCUCGUAUCGCGCUGUGGUUGUUCUCCCACCCGGCAUCCUAUCCAAUGCGGCUACCUUUAUUUACAUCAAGGAAAACAGUCUAGUGUACCGUCUGGCGCGGCGAUGCUUCGACGUUUGGCUGAUAACUUUCCGAGGAUAUUUGUUCGGACGAGAAAACUUGCUUCUGAGCGACACGAGCUCUGAAUUCUGGGACUUUUACGCGUACCACUGGGGCUCUAUCGACCUGCCGGCCCAGCUCAAGUUCGUCUCCGAGAAGACCAACAGCACCAGGCUGCGCUACAUGGGCAUGGACCAGGCCGGCACCGCGCUGCUCUUCAUGAACCACGUGCACGGCCAGCGCUACCAGCGCCUCCUGGCCAGCACCUACCUGCUCGCUCCCAUCGGCUACCUCGGCCGCCUCAGCUCCACGGCCUUCGCCACACUCGCCCUCCUGCGCGACGUCCUCACGGCCGCUGGAGCACUGACACUGCACAACGAAUUUGCCCUCAUGAACCCAGUGGUGCACUCGGUGUUUUACAACUUGUGCGGCCGCAUCUCUCCCAUCACGUGCUACUACCUUUUCCAGCUUCUUGGCGGACAGACAAGGGAGCUCAACUACCCGUUUUUCUAUUAUAUUGCUCGGAACACACUUGAUAGCACAUCGAUUACUGCCUUCAACUAUUAUCUUCAACAAGUUGGCAAGAUCAAAUACAUGGCGUAUUUCGACUACGGCCCGACGGAGAACAUGAGGCGAUAUAACCGAACCACCCCAGAAAAUGUUAACAUAGCUGCAACAACUGUGCCAUGCUCUUUCUACGCCUUGGGCAGCGACACCGUGACCGUACCGCAGGACGUCCUCGACACAUGGAACGCCUUGGCUCCGUCUGCCCGGUCCUCCUACGAGGUGCUCCCAAAUUACAACGGCGUCAGCCCUUUCGUGCCGGUCAACUCGGAGGGCAUUUACGGUCCAAUGAUCCGCCGGCUGGAGGCAGAUCUCACGGGGAUUCCGUAAACUCGGGAACUGAACGGACGCUUCCUAACCUGGUGAAGAAAAAUUGCUUGUUGUGCAGAUCGCUUUGGCUGAUCUACGCUGCAAACCUCGAAUAUAUAAAAUUAAAACGAAUAUGAAUUGCUCUGUGCGAGGAGAUUCGAUUUCCGCGCAAUCACACCAA